AGGUUUAUGGAAAUUACAGAAGCUGAAAAGGUGGAUAGGAACUCCUUAUUGAAAUAGAUCGUCGUAAAACGAGUGCCGACUGAAUUUCGUUCCGUUUCCUUUGCCUUGACAUUUCAAUACCAUGUGCAAUUUAGGCUAAUCCAAUUCCCGGCCAUCCAAAAAUUUACAACCCGAAAAUGGACAAAACAUAGUAAUUCUAGCAACGCAUCAAAAUCAUUGAGAAAAAUGUCGCAUGCCUAUUACAAGGAGAUAUGGCUCGUAGCGAGAGACGAUUUAGAAAAACUGCUACAGCUGGACAAAAGGUUGCAGGGUCAAACACGGAAGAGAAAUGCAAAACAGUGUUUGGAUGAAUUGCUCCCGUUAUAUCUCAAAUACCGGAAUCUAGUAAAAAGGCUAAUAGUUUGCCAUGAUCAAAUGGUACAGACACAGAAACGAGACCUGAUAAAACGAGUUCUGGACUGUGCCGUCGGCCGAAUGCUGGAGUACAAGCGAGAACUCGUUAACUGGACCUACUACGAUUACGAGUGGCCGGAUGACUUCAUGAAUCUGUUCAAAUACACGCCCGACGACGUGGAAAUCACCGUGUCUGCGAUGGGCAAAGACAUCAUUGAGCAGCGCAAGGAACGUUUUCAAACAUUGAUGGAAGAUGCGUUUAAAAGUAAAUUAUUCAAGGUGGUAACAAUCAAAGUGGUUGUCGAGGAGGAGCCGACGGAGCUGGAGGAAGUUCAAGAGGAACUCACGAUAAGGGGACGAAGAAGAAAACCGAAAGAAGAUAUUCUAACGAAGAUACCAUCGAUUCUUAUAGAAACACCGGAACAAAUAGCCGCUCGAGAGGCUCAAGAGAGAAUGCACAACACGAUAUUGAUGAUUCAGUGCCACGAAAGAGCAAGAAUGGGUCGUCGCGUCGGAGCCGAGGUGCAACGGAUGUAUAAUUACACUAAGAACGUAGAAGUCGGAAUGAUAGUACCAAAAAAGUUACACAAAAGUAUUUACAUAAAUGCUGCUAAAACGAUACAACGGGCCUGGAGGAGAUACGUGGCGCAUAAGAAAAUGAAGAAACGGAUCUAUCGAACGGAAAAGUUAUUAGGCAUGACGAUUCCCAGCCGGAAGUGUAAUCAAGUUUUUCUGAAGGAGAAACAAAAUUUCCAGGAUAAGUUAACGGUGAUGCCCACAUUCGCUGAAAAGAUUGUGAAAGCGACAAACACUGAGAAAACGAGGGUAACAUUUUUUCCACUUACCCUAAUAAUAAUUAACAGAUGUAACUGUGUUACUGAUGAACUCGUGGUUCGGAAGCUGUUUAAAAUUAGAGGUCCUGGUCUCAUGGAGGACAUCACGGACGAGAUUCGGGAAUGGUUCAUACUGUGGUACGACGAGGUUGGACACUUCCACGCGUAUCCGGCUGAAGAACUCGGCGGCAGCGUAUUAAUCGCUACGGGAGAAUACAUAACGCCUCAGGAAUAUUUGGCGCGAAGGGGGCAGCCGGAGGCAGAAAUGAAAACGGAUAAAAAGGCAAAGAAAAAGAGAGAAAUCCCUUUGAUACGAGAAACAAUGGCGUUCAAUCUUCUGACGGACGCUAAUCAGGACUUCCUCAAUUACUGGAGCUUUCGGGACUUUUCACACGACGAACAGAGCAAAGUAUAUCACGAUCUAAUUAAAGAUAAACUUUGUUACGAGCUUCAGUUGGAGAUGAGGAGAGCUGUCGAUGAGCUGAUGCGAUUAGAGCUACAAAAAUUGAAUAGAGCUUUGCAAAGAGACUUCAAGGCCGAUCAAAAAACACUGGAGGUACCUAAAGAAGGAAAGAAGCGUAGAGGCAAACGGAAAAAAAAGAAACGCGACCCAUUGGCAGACGUUGGCUCCGAAGAUAUUUUCAAAGAACUAGUCAGAGCUGAUAUCAUCAAAAGUUACCCAGAAACUUGCGUCAACGACUGGAUCGGUGAUCGUUCAUAUCAAAAUUAUGAAGCUGAUCGCGAGUUUCGAGACUACACGUAUCGAAUGGGUGAGGUGAAACAAACAGUGAUGAACUACUGCGUGCUGCCCCUCAGCUCGAGAGAAAUUCAUCAAGUAGCGCCGUUGACCCGAGCCGUGUGUAUCUGCGGGCAUCCGAGACAUGGGAAGAGCUUUUUAGCGAAUGCGAUCUGCUCCGAGGUCGGGGCGCUGUUAAUCGACAUGACACCGUCGGGAUUGGUGGACAAAUAUACGGGACGAAGAAACGAACGUAGUCUGAUCAACAAGAUUGCGAAGGUAGCUCGGGAAUUUGCUCCUUCUGUGAUCUUCAUUGACAACGGAGAGAAGACGUGGGGGAAAAAAUUGUCCGCGGAGGACAAGCUGAUGAAGCCGAAACGAUUCGCGCGACACUUUCCUAAACUGGUGAAAAGCAUCAAGCGUGGCGAUCAGAUCCUAUUUCUCACGACCUCCUCGGAACCAUAUAAAGCAACAACACCCUUCAUCAGGAUCCACGACAAGUUCAUAAUGAUUCCACUCACGGACUACAACACGUUAUACAUGUUUUACAAAGAUCUGCUGAUGAAGUAUCAUGCAGUCGAUCGUAAUAUCGACGUAUCCUCGCUGGCGAAGAUGUCCGUGGGCAUUCCGUUGGAAUUUAUAAAAAACGUUGUGGAUAACGUCCUAAAUCUUCGACGGAGGAUCAAGCUCAAGUUCAAACCGUUGCACGAGUCGGAAAUAAUGGAGGAACUGUUGAACUAUGUGCAACCUAAAGCGAAAACGCUGGCCGAUUUCACGAAGUUUGAAAAUCGGACGCCGAUGGGUAGGAGAAGAGUCAGAUAUUUAGCUGCGGAGAAGCUAGCGCGAGAACGUGCUCUGAAGGCGCAGUAGCAGACGAAAUGAAGGAGAUAAAGUAAUAUCGAUAAAGGGGAGAUCGUAGCGAUCUGGCAAGGAACCCUUCACUCAGAUGAAGAGAAUGGAAACGAUAGAAACGCGCCAGGUGAAACGUGGGAUGCAGACGCAUUAAGAGACAAGGCUGUAGUAUUUUUAAUGAGCACCUUUUUCCCUCGUUCACCGUUGGGCAAUCAAAGAAAACUGAGUCUUGAAAAUAAAUUAGAAAACGGCCGGCGAUGGACACGCCGGACACGGGUAUGCGUGUAACCACGAUUGAAAGACAGUGACCUUUCCGGGAGAAACGUCUUUGGAAGAAGCAUGAUCAUCGAUUGAGCGAUUCCUUCUUUCUUUCGUAUCACGAUUCGCCAACGUCCGUCUCCGGACGUGAAACUGGUUUUCGUCUUCGUGGGAUGCUAAAAACGAUCGUCGAAAAACAGGAGAUAGAUAUAGCAAGAAUAUAUUCGUGAAAAAACUUCAUAAGCUCGUGCUCAAUUCUAGAAGAAAUAGAUUUCCACGGACACUCGUUGCUAUUUUUCAUGCUUUUCAAUCAAGAUAAAAAGCUUCGCGAUAUUUCUUGAUCCAGUAGAAACAAAUAAAUAAAAAUAAUUAAAAAACUAUUGUACUAUUAAGAAGAAAUCAAGUUUAAUUAAAUACUUCCCUUAGAAUCAAAUGUAACUCCAAUUAAAGAUAAUAUUAAAUACUUAAACGUGCAUCAUAUCUAAAAUCGUUUACAAGUACUGAUUUAUAAUUCGGAGUAACCGACUAUUGAAUGAAAAUCAUGUUAAGCGCGUUACGGGUCUCAUCGGAGGGAUGGGUAUUACGAGGGGGACUAAGAUUACAUCCACCUCCGAGGCUCAUUGUCAGAGAUUUCUACGUAUGUCUAUGUAUAUACAGA